AGAAAUUUAAAUAAGCAAUGAAGUAAAGAACAAAGAAAAAAGGCUACUUGGUUACAGCACAAAGAUGAUUGAGCCCAAUGCAUCUUUAGACAUAAGAAAAAAAUAUAAAAUUGAAGCUGUGCUUUUUUUGGGAUUAGUUGGUGGUAUAUCGGCUUUAUUUGGUUUUUCGCGUACGUUGGGCAAAGCCAAAGCAAGUGAGACUAAAUUAAUACAACAAGGUGGCCGAAAAACCGUUCUCUUAUUGGAUGAAGGAUCUGCUUUAGCAAUGAAAGCAUUAGGUUUGGGCACUUUGUAUGCUGUUAUAGGAACGGGUGCAUUUUGUUUCGGGGUUUGGAAAUUGUCAGGAGCUAAAAAUAUGGAAGAGUUUCGCAUGAAAAUGGGUCAGGGUCUCCCCAAGCUAACAAGUGACAGGCCGCCCACUAGCCGUACAGAUUUUGAUGGGGUCACUGAUUUAAUGAAAUACUUAGCCGCUUGGGGCAAAGAGUAGAAAGAUUCUUGGAAUCUACUUCAAUUAACUUAAAUCGUUAUUUCAGCUUACUAUUUCGUUUUUUUUAGUAUUGGCAAAAUUAUCGGAAAUUUCAUUGGCCAUGAUCAAACUUAGCCGUUGUUCACAUAAAUCUCUAAGAUUGUCCAGCAUAUCCCUAAUUUCGGCAUAUUUCGUCUCCCUAAA